AGGAGCGAGAGGUCGAGAAGGAUCUGGGAGAGAUCCUGGAGGCCACCUUGAAGCUCCAGGAGACCGAGAAGGGCGAUCCGGAGAUUCUACCCGACCCCGAAAAGAAUCCUGAUCCUUGCAGUGAAGGUUCUUCAAAUAAAUCUGCAUAAAAGCAAGGUCGCCUCUGCCGAGCUCCUCCUCAAUUUAGAGAGGAUCGGCUACGAUGCGGCGUUAGUCCAGGAGCCAUGGAUAGCGUCGGGAAACGUGGUAGCUGGACUAAAGUCGCAAACUUACUAUACGCACAUCCCGAGUGCAACAAACAGGAUGAUCUGACGGUGGUAGCUGUGAAGGAUGGCAAGGAUGACACAAUACUCCUUGCAUCUUGUUACAUGCCUCACGACGAGGAGGCGCCACCAAACGAGCUCCGGAGGUUGGUGGGAGAGGCCGAGAAGGCGAAACGCCCACUCAUCAUAGGCGCGGAUGCCAAUGCGCACAACACAGUAUGGGGGAGUGGAGAUACCAACGAAAGGGAAAAUGACGCAGACCAGUUUAAUAUGGUUAAAUGUGUAGGAUGGAAGGCAUGUCAGAAUCCGAUCAAAUAUUGA